UGGUCGUGCGUCACCGUCAGCCGCAAGUCCGACACAUACCGACGUACGAUCGACACGACCGUAUAAACACAACGAUGCUGACCGCGCCGGGUAAACGGUACGCGGCGUCGUCGCGUUCUAUUGAUAUUAUUCGUUGAGCGCGAACGACCACCGCCACCACUACGCACCGGUCCGAUCGGCGGCCAUGGCGACCGAAUACCGACAACGUCCCGGCAUGGGCGACCAUUUCGACGACGAGGAUCUUGUGAUGAGUUCGGCCCAACAGCGACGAAACUGGCGUGGGAUACUUAUCGCACUAAUGGUGAUCGUCGCGGUUUUAGCUAUGAUAGUGACGUCCGUAGUCUUAUUGACUCCGCCUCAACCAGAAGAAUUGUCGGACUCGUACUCGGAUUUGGAUAACGGUGACAGAACUGGUUCGGACUACUAUUACAACCAACGGGCUAACGAUGAAUUUUGGUGGCGUCACCGAGGUAUGAGAACAUUACGUUUAUCGGAUAUACUGUCAGACUCUGCUAACAUAAAAGUAUUCAACGGAACGUGGAUUUCUGGUACUGAGAUAUUUUACGUGACCGGCUCUGGUGACUUAGCCAUUAUGGAAAUUAUGGCAGACGGUAUUACGCAGACUACUCACCGCAUAAUGUCUAAAAAAACUUUGCAGAAAUUAAAAGGUCCUUUGAUUUCAUUCGAACUAUCACCUGAUCGUAACCAUGUGCUCAUAGGUCAUCAGGCAAAAAAACUCUUCAGAUAUUCUAAAACGGCUCGUUAUACGGUAUAUACUGUGUCAACCAGACAAAUGACUCCUAUAACAUUGGAAAAUCAUGGAAAUUAUGGAAACGAAACCACUUCUAAUGAUCAACAGCCACAUUUGAUGCACGCUCAGUGGCAUAAGAUUUCGACAACAACCGAGAAAAGUGCAGAAUCAAUGGCAUUGAUCGUCGUGUAUCGGUACGAUGUGUUCUACGUCCCAUGGUCAAUGAAAAUACCAACAUCAACCAAUGGUACCAACAUUGGAAAAAAUAAUGUCACAGUGGAUUCUCAGACACCAAACGUCACUAAUUUCUCGUCGACACCACUUUCCACUCCAUCACUAAACGAAAAAUACGACAAUGGUGAUGACAACAACACGUCAACUCAAAAUAUAAUAUGGAAGCCAUGGCCUCAUGGUCCAGUGCGCAGAAUCACCACGUCCGGAUCCGGUGGAUCGGUUACCGCUGCCGGGGUUGUGAGCAAUGGUAUAGCUGAUUAUCUGUAUGAAAUGGAAAUAUUGAAGAAGUCCCCAGCCAUAUGGGCAUCAUCUGGACGGUAUUUGAUGUACGCAACGUUUGAUGAUCGUCGAGUAGGAGAAUAUAAGUAUUCAGUUUAUACGAAGAGCGGACAACAACACGAUCACGUCGAUGACAGUGAUACCGAAAAACAUUCUAAACAGCGAAAACUGAAACGACGCAGGAGGCGUUUAAGGCGUAAUUCAAAACCUGUUGAAACACCAGGAAUGGCGGAAGAUGGCGGCACAUCUGAUUAUUAUUUGUACCCACAUAUAAGAACACUUAAAUAUCCAAAAGCAAACACACCAAAUCCUGUCAUCACUUUAUCAGUAAUUGUAAAUCUCGAUCAAUUAGAAAAUCCGCAAAUACAACCAAAAAUACGCACCUUGACACCACCACCAAUUUUUCAAUAUACAGACGAUUACUAUUUCACGGCCGUUCAAUGGGUAAACGACGGAGGUGUCGGUAGUGGAAGUGGAAGUCACGAGAUCAACGAUGACAAAUCGGGUGCUUCCGCAGCCGAAGUAUGUGUCGUAUGGCUGAACCGUGCACAAAACACAAGCGUGACGACACUCUGCAAAUCACCCUUGUGGAUGUGUCAAGAGACCCAAGUAAUUAAUGCAGUGGGAGCUAUUGGCGGUGGCAGUGGAAUAAGAGGAGGACAAACAAGUGAAACGUUUAAUAAUGAUCACGCACGUCGUCGAUACAGGCGCAAUGGUAGCGGAUUACAUAAAUCAUCACAUGAAGCGGUCCAUGGAGUAAAAAACAACAGUAUCAACGCAUCAACCUCAUACCAAGAAGACCGCCGACGUCGCCGUCAACCGCAUCAGCACAGUCAACAUAAACAUGGCAGUCAACAUCAGCAUAACGGACACCAUAGCCGUCGGCGACGAGACGGAUAUGUCAACUCUGGUAGCUACGAACUGCCGAGAGGGCGAUAUGGUGGUUGGGUGGAUGCCACUGUUGGCGGGGCAGGUGGUGGGGUUCCAUCAACCGGGGGUGGUGUCAGCGAUGGUAGCUAUCACAUGGUGUCAGCCACCACUUGGUGGUCAGGAGGAUCCAACAUUAACGAUGGAGGAGAAAACUUCGUAGGCGAUGACGGAUACGCGGGGAUUGCUGGUUUUGGUAGUACUGGGACUGGGGCUGUGUAUUCCAUGGCCGUUUUAGUUCGUAGAGGAUGGGAAACAGGUGAUAAAGAACUAACACCCCGAGCGCCAGUGUUUGCAGCGGAUGGUCAAGGAUAUGUUAGUGUUGCACCGGUACGCGAUGAUGAGCACAACGAUAGCGAGGACCAAGACAGUGAAGGAGGAGUGCGUCUCCGACGGCCGACUGUUAAACAACACACGCAGUCAUCACGUGAGCGAAACUCUAAAAACCGAUCACAGUCAUCAAUUGGAAAGUAUUAUGCGCAAGUGGUGGCUGUAAACAUAACGAAAAAGCUGUUAGCACCACUAACGUUUGGCGAAUUUGACGACGACAAUGAUGGCAACGAAGGGGACAAAAAAAAAAGCAAAGUCGUCACUAAAAGUUGGACGGUAGUCAGAAUUUUGGCAUGGGACCAACGGACUGAUAUGAUAUACUUUCUUGCGGUACCAUCUGGUCGUGGCGCACCUCACCAUCGUCAUUUGUACGCAGUAAAGUUUACAUCUGCGGCAUCUUCAUCUACAAUAAACACGGAUGCAGGUUAUCGAAUGGGACACUAUCACCAACCACAGUUCCGUAAAACUUACCGCCAUAGCAAUCGAAGUAGGCCAAUAUGUCUAAGCUGUGAUAUAGGUCUAACUGGAAACAUAAGACGUCGUGAGCGUCGUGAGUUUGGUGGAAAACAGAACCGAAUGGACGAGGCGCGAGACGAUCGGGUGAGGCAACAACAGCGAGAACGAUGGGAAAAUCUAAAGGAAGAAGAAGAAGACAAUGAAGAAGAGGCAGCCACCGCGGAAGAAGCAGAACGCCGUCAGCAGCGAAAUCGUCGUCAACAGCAACGAGAAAUUCAAAAUCGUGGUAUGCUAAGACACUGUACAUACUUCGAUGCCCAGUUCUCCAGGGAUGGAAGCCAUUAUGCUUUGGUAUGUCUGGGUCCUUCAGUUCCGUACGUGACAUUACACAGAAUCAUAUUAGAUGAAUUUGACAAUGCUGAAGAUAACCGUGAUGGUAGUGGCAAUGGCGAUGAAAUAGAUAACGUUUCACUAACUACACAGAAAAUUCCUCAAGAUUCUUCUUACUCAUUUGAGUUAAUUGCUCUUAUUGAAAAUAACACUCGUCUACAGGACAAAUACACAAAUCGAGUAUUGCUACCAGGUACCAGAACUUUCCAGUUAAGACUUUCCGGUGGUCGUAAAUUGACUACAUCAGGGGGCUUACAUUUUAAUGAUCCACUUGCUGCAGCUGAUUAUUAUAGCAAUGGUGGCGACCAUCAGCAACAUUUUUCGACAAAUAAACGUCCGGAUUCAGAUCCCUUGACCGUGGCGCAGGUCAGAUUGUAUCUACCUUUAGGAGUUUAUGAUCCCGAGGCUGACCCUCGCCCAGAGUUUAUGUCAAAUCAUAUCAGAAAAUCUGGUAACUCUGAUAAAGUUGAUAUUACUAAUACUGAAGUAACUACUAAAACCAGUGACAGCUCUUCGUCUAAGCACAGUCAUCGGCGACGACGACGCUCAUCAUCAUCUUCAUCUUCCACACAUGAUAACAGUAAUGAUAAUGGAGAUGGAUCAAAACGACAACGACGACCACGCAAAAAACAACGUCAACAUCGUUUCAAAAAAUUAUAUCCUAUGCUUGUAGUAGUGAACUCAGACCCGGGGUCACAGGCAAUCACUGAUCGAUUUUCUGAUCGAUUAGGUUAUACGACAGGAUUACUAUGCUCAGGUUCAUUAGGUAGAACACUACCUAAUGCUGGUGGUAGAAGUUCAGCAGGCUCAAGAUUCAGUGGGAAUGAACGUCAACGACAAAGAGGACGUCGGGGUCGCCGUUCUCCGGCAAAUAGAUAUUAUUCAUCUGGACAUUCAGACGACUAUGAUGAUGACUCUUAUGACUACGAUCAAAAUAAUGACGACAAUACAAAUAAUAAUGAGUACGUGGUGGCCGUUAUAGAUACAGGACGAGGAACGUGGGCUCGAGGUUAUGAGUCAUUGUUGGCCUUAAAUUAUGGGGAUGUUAAUGACGGAUACGGAGAAGAUAGUGGCAAAGACGAUGUUGGACCAGGUGGACUUCUUGGUACUGCUGACCUUCGUGAUCAAUUGGAAGCAGUUGAGUACUUGCUUUCAAGCUCUACCGCUACCAGUGACAGUUUUAAGGACAGUGGUCAGGGAUAUUACAGCGAAGAUCACCCAAGAGGUGGUGGCAGUCGUGACCGUUCUAGAUGGUUCUCGCCGACUUCACAAUCAAAUAGAAGGUAUUAUAGCGAUGACGAUGAUUAUUAUGAUGGAGACGAAGAAUACGAUGACAACAAUGACAAAAAUGACAACGAAGAUUACUAUUAUUAUUACUACAGCAAUGACGGAGAUAAUGGUGACUAUGGUGAUGAUAAUCGAGGAGAUAAUUUUUACAGGGAUGAUGGUAGUAAGAGAAGUCGUAGAGAUCGAAGAAGUGCCAGUGACACUAAAGCAAACACUGAGGCACUACGGUUGCCAUACGUAGAUGCAAGUAAAGUAGCAUUAUUAGGCGGUGGACCAACAUCACCUUUAACUCCACCAUCAAUUUAUGGUGGAUAUGCGGCUACACGGAUGGCUUUGUGGCAAACUAUUUAUGGUGGUGCGCCCAUUGAGAAAAAAAGUGAUGAAUCUGGUGACAAAGGAAAUAGAAAGGAGCCUGUGGCUAUUCGCUCUUCGUUCAAGUGUGCUGUAACUAUGGCGCCUGUGUGCUCAUGGCGCUUAUAUGUUUCAGCAUUUUCUGAACGUUACUAUGGCUACUACAGUGAAAACGAUGGGGAUAAUUGGAUGUCAUAUGACCGUUCAGAUUUAAUACCAUUAACACCUUCAUUUAAUGAAUCGUCAUUAUCACCAUCUUCAUCCGGGAAAGGAAUAAAUUUAUUAGUAAUGCAUGGUACGGCAGACACUACAAUACAUCCACAGAACUCGAUGAUGCUAGUUCGAGGAGUUAUGCAACAACAACAACAACAAUUCGUACCUGUCAGUAAUAUUGGACGGCGAAAUAAUAAUUCAACAGCAUCCGGAGUACGAGCCACUGGGGGAUUUCCUACACGCGUUGGAGCUAUAAGGAUUUCACAACUAGUGAUGCCAGACGCAGACUUGAGUAAUUCUAGAAUGGCUACAGAUGUAGAAAACGGUUCUCCGAUCGACCAUCACCAUCAAUUACUCCACUCGAUUUUCGGCCAUGUCACACAAUAUCUAGCCACAGAAUGUUUUACCAGUGUAGGUGAUGGAAACCGAGGCCGGGGAAUUAGGACGCGCAGUCGGCGUUUACGAAAACGGAGAAGAAGGAGGUGGAGGACCAGUAAUCGAGACCAAGAAAAAUCAGAGAGUCAACAGCAGCAGCAAUGGGAGGAUGAACACCAAGAGCAUCAACGCAACGGUAAAAGUAAUUCCGGUACUAGUAAUGAAAACGGUGGUGGCGGUGAUCGUAGUUCUGGUGGUAGAUACCGUCGACACGAUAUUGAUAGCAAUCAGAAAAUUUCAGAAAGCAGUAUCAAGAAUGACAUGGUACUAGUAAAAAUCCAGGUUAGCGACGCCUAUGGUGGUAAUUUAACAAAAAAUAUCAGUUGGCUUAACGGCUACUUGGGAAAUUUAACCAUUCCUAAUAAGAUUAAUAACAAGAAUAAUAACGCCAACAAGAAAAGAGAAAGAGAUGAUGACGAUGAAACAGAAGAAGACGAUGAAGAAGACGAUGAAGGUGAGAACAGCGAUAACGAAUACUACGAUGGAGAAGAGAAUGACGAAGAAGAUGAAGAUGGCGAGCAUGAUGAUAAUGACGACGAUUAAUAAGUUUUGCUGCAACAUGAAAUUUGUAAUAUCACCUGUGAUGUAAUGAUUGGUAAAUUUAUAGUCAGUUGAAUAGUGAAAAUAUAAUAACAAAAAGAGUGAGUAAUUAACGAAGAGUAGUAUUAGUCUUAAUAAUCUAAUUAGGUUCAUUAAAAGUAUUUCAAUUUUGAAUUUAUAUUGAAUGAGAUAAAUCGAGUUUAUGUAAAUCAACAACAAUCAAUCAAAAGUGAACAAAUGUAAAGACUUAUUUUACACAGACUUUGUUUUUGGUAUUAAAUUAAUUAUAUAAAAAAAAAUACUAGUUUCGUUAACAAUGGUUUUAAUAAUUUAUGCUUUAUACUAUGUAAAAUCUAUACUUAAAAACGUGUUCUAUCAUCACAUGAAAUUUUAACCACAACAUAUUUUAUUAUAAGUGUUUAGACGUGCACUUAUUUUUUAAUAUUUCAUUAUUUGUAAGAAAUAGUCAGGUUAGGUUAAGCUAAGGUUUACAACUUAAAGUGGCAGUUCUUAGGUUAAAUUAAUAAGUGAUUUUAUUUUCAACGUUUUUAGAGAGAGGAGCUUUACAGUCAUAUUUUUAUUUCUUUUCCUAAUGCUAUUUUUAAAUACUUCAACGUUAUUAAUUUGUUAACCGCUAAUUUUUAUAAGUGAACAUAUAUAUAUAUAUAUAUAUGUAUAAUUUGAUUAAGAACAUAUAAAGUUUCACUAUAGAUUUUUCAUGGUUAAAAAUUUAUCAUAUUUUUAAGACAAUAUAUUACCCAUUUCGAUAUUUAUCAAGCAGUGUAUUAUUUAGUACUUUUAUACUCAAUAGAUGAUAUCUAGAUUUAUGUUUAUUAUUAAAAUUGUAUAUGACAUUUUCUGAUCUCUAUUCUUGUAUUACGGGUGUAGACUACCUAUUUAGUCUCGAUCAAUGAUGUAUCUCCUAGGUGUCCUAAGCUCUCGUCAAAUCAUUAUUCAGCAACAUGACGAUGAGUGGAGACCAGCUUGUGGAUUUUAUGUCACUGUUUUAAAAUAUUAUAUUUUUAGAUUUACCAAGUAACAUUAGUUUUAAUACUAUACAUCAAGGACCACCAAUUUAUUAAAAAUGAAUCGUUAUAAGUCAUUAAAAUAAAUACCAUUGUAUUUUAAAUAUCUUCUAAAAAUAUAUAUUAUAAAAUCGAUUUCCUAUCUCCAGGAAUAUUUUUGAAGAUGUCACUAAGUACCUAGUAGUAGUAUUGGAACUUCUUGAUUAUUUUACCAUGAAUUGCAAUCGCCAAUUCAUAUGACUAUGAUCACAACAACGUCGUUUAUCAUGUACACAAAUAGAUAAUUUUGUGAAUGAUUUUAUUCAAAUAUAAAUUACAUGCCAAAAUGACUUGAAUUUAUUCUUUUAUGGAAAAAUUAAAGUAAACGAUUUUUCUAUCUUCAUUGGUAUUUUUAACACCACGUAUAUUUCAAAUUCAAAAUCAUAUCUAAUAUCUAUUAUAAUUGUUGUUACUAUUACAAUAUUUUAUUAUAUGUCAUAAGUGUUAGUUACCUAUUAUUAGUUAAAAUUAUUAUUAUAACAUGAUUACCUAUAUGUAUCAUAAGUAAGACGAUAUAAAAAAUGUAGCACAGUAAUGAAGAAACCAAUUACUUUAUAUUUCACAUACUCGGAAAAAUAAUUAUUAAAUAUCACUUUUUAAAUAAAAUUAAUAAGAAUGUAUAAAACAUCAUACAUUAAUCCACUAACCUUCUUUAUAAUAUACAAUUAUUAUCUUUUGGGUUUGGUUGUAUUUUUCAAAGUACGUUAUACAACAUUUUCUAUCUACUAAUAUA